UCCGGACGCAGCGCGGGCGGCGGUUUGCUAGCUGCGGGUGGACGGAGAAGUGACCUGUGUUCGGGUGUCUCGCCCGUUCGCGGCGGGGCGAGGCCGGGCAGUGCGCGGCGGUAGUAGAACGAACGUCGUGCGGGCGGGGCGCCCGCGGCUGGGCCCAUGGCCUCCUGCGCGAGCAUCGACAUCGAGGACGCCACGCAGCACCUGAGGGACAUCCUCAAGCUGGACCGGCCCGCUGCGGGCCCCAGUCCAGAGAACCAGCGACCAUCCAGCACCUACAAUGGGGAUCUCAAUGGGCUUCUGGUCCCAGAUCCUCUCUGCUCAGGUGAUGGUACUGCAGCAAGCAAGUCUGGUCUCCGGACCUUGCCGCCCAUUAACCUGCAGGAGAAACAGGUCAUCUGCCUGUCAGGGGAUGACAGCUCUACCUGCAUUGGGAUUUUGGCCAAAGAGGUGGAGAUUGUGGCCAGCAGCGACUCAAGCAUUUCGAGCAAGGCACGGGGAAGCAACAAGGUGAAAAUACAGCCUGUCGCCAAAUAUGACUGGGAGCAGAAGUACUACUACGGCAACCUGAUCGCUGUAUCGAACUCCUUUUUGGCCUAUGCCAUUCGGGCUGCCAACAAUGGUUCAGCGAUGGUGAGAGUGAUCAGCGUCAGCACUUCAGAGCGAACUCUGCUGAAAGGCUUCACAGGCAGCGUGGCUGACCUGGCCUUCGCACACCUCAACUCUCCACAGCUGGCAUGCCUAGAUGAGGCAGGCAACCUGUUUGUUUGGCGUUUAGCUUUGGUCAAUGGCAAGAUCCAAGAAGAGAUCUUGAUCCAUAUCCGGCAGCCAGAGGGCACGCCACUGAACCAUUUCCGCAGGAUCAUCUGGUGCCCCUUCAUCCCUGAGGAGAGUGAGGACUGCUGCGAGGAGAGCAGCCCAACCGUGGCCCUGCUGCAUGAAGACCGGGCUGAGGUGUGGGACCUGGACAUGCUCCGCUCCAGCUACAGCACCUGGCCUGUGGAUGUUGGCCACAUCAAGCAGGGCUACAUUGUGGUGAAAGGCCACAGCACGUGCCUCAGCGAAGGUGCCCUCUCCCCUGAUGGGACUGUCCUGGCUACUGCGAGCCAUGAUGGCUAUGUCAAGUUCUGGCAGAUCUACAUUGAAGGGCAGGAUGAGCCAAGGUGUCUGCAUGAGUGGAAGCCACAUGAUGGGCGGCCUCUCUCCUGCCUGCUGUUCUGUGACAACCAUAAGAAGCAGGAUCCUGAGGUCCCUUUUUGGAGGUUCCUCAUUACUGGAGCUGACCAGAAUCGGGAACUGAAGAUGUGGUGCACAGUGUCCUGGACCUGCCUGCAGACUAUCCGCUUCUCCCCAGAUAUCUUCAGCUCAGUGAGUGUUCCCCCAAGCCUCAAGGUUUGUUUGGACCUUUCAGCAGAAUACCUGAUUCUCAGCGAUGUGCAACGGAAGGUCCUCUACGUGAUGGAGCUGCUACAGAACCAGGAGGAGGGCCGCGCCUGCUUCAGCUCCAUCUCCGAGUUCCUCCUCACCCAUCCCGUGCUGAGCUUUGGGAUCCAGGUUGUGAGCCGCUGCCGGUUGCGACACACUGAGGUGCUGCCUGCCGAGGAGGAGAAUGACAGUCUGGGGGCUGAUGGUGCCCACGGAGCUGGUGCCAUGGAGUCUGCAGCCGGUGUACUCAUCAAGCUCUUCUGUGUGCAUACUAAGGCUCUACAAGAUGUGCAGAUCCGCUUCCAGCCACAGCUGAACCCUGAUGUGAUAGCCCCGCUCCCCACACACACUCCCCAUGAGGAGUUUGCAUUUGGAGAAUCUAGAUCUGAAUUAGGCUCUGAGGGCCUGGGGUCAGCCUCUCAUGGCUCCCAGCCUGACCUCCGACGCAUUGUGGAGCUGCCUGCACCUGCUGACUUCCUCAGUCUGAGCAGUGAGACCAAGCCCAAGCUGAUGACACCUGACGCCUUCAUGACACCCACUGCCUCCCUGCAGCAGAUUGCUGCAUCCCCUGGCAGUAGCAAUAGCAGCAGCAGCAGCAGCACUAGCAGCAGUAGCAGCAGCAGCAGCUCUCUCACAGCCGUGUCUGCCAUGAGUGGCACCUCAGCUAUGGACCCCUCCUUGGCCAGGCCACCUGAGGAGCUGACCUUGAGCCCCAAGCUGCAGCUGGAUGGCAGCCUGACAGUGAGUGGCAGCAACAGUCUGCAGGCAAGCCCACGCAGCCUCCUGCCUGGCCUUCUCCAAGGCCCAGCUGACAAACUGACUCCCAAAGGACCUGGGCAGGUACCUACUGCUGCCUCUGCACUGUCCCUGGAGCUGCAGGAAGUAGAACCUCUGGGACUUCCCCAGGCUUCUCCCAGCCGCACCCGCUCCCCUGAUGUUAUCUCCUCGGCUUCCACUGCCUUGUCCCAGGACAUUCCUGAGAUUGCGUCCGAGGCCCUGUCCCGUGGCUUUGGCUCCUCUGCCCCUGAAGCCCUUGAGCCAGACAGUAUGGCCUCAGCUGCCUCAGCACUACACCUGCUCUCUCCACGGCCCCGUCCAGGGCCCGAGCUUGGCCCCCAGCUUGGCCUCGAUGGAGGCCCAGGGGAUGGGGAUCGGCACAGUACUCCUUCCCUGCUGGAGGCAGCCUUGAGCCAGGAAGUUGUGACUGCUGACAGUCAGGUUUGGCCUACAGCACCUGAUAUUACUCGUGAGACCUGUAGCACCCUGGCAGAGAGCCCCAGGAAUGGCCUCCAGGAAAAGCACAAGAGCCUGGCCUUCCACCGACCACCUUACCACCUGCUACAGCAACAUGAUAGCCAGGACACCAGUGCUGAGCAAAGUGAUCACGAUGAUGAGGUGGCCAGCCUGGCUUCUGCCUCAGGAGGCUUUGGGACCAAAGUUCCCCCUCCACGGCUCCCCGUCAAGGACUGGAAAACCAAGGGGUCCCCUCGGACCUCACCUAAGCUCAAGCGGAAAAACAAGAAGGAUGAUGGGAAUUUAGCUGUGGGGCCGCGGCUUACGGAACACCAGGUGGUAGAGCCCCCUGAGGACUGGCCAGCACUGAUUUGGCAACAGCAGAGAGAGCUGGCAGAGCUGCGGCACAGCCAGGAAGAGCUGCUGCAGCGCCUGUGUGCCCAGCUCGAAGGCCUACAGAACACGGUCACGGGUCUUGUGGAACGAGCUCUGGAGACUCGACAUGAGCAAGAACAGCGGUGGCUAGAGCGGGCCCUGGCAGAGGGGCAACAGCGUGGUGGGCAGCUGCAGGAGCAGCUGACCCAGCAGCUGUCCCAGGCACUGUCUACAGCUAUUGCUGGGCGGUUGGAGCGUGGCCUUCGGGAUGAAAUCAAGAAGACGGUUCCUCCAUGUGUCUCCAGGACUCUGGAGCCUGUGGCAGGCCAACUGAACAAUUCAGUGGCUACCAAACUCACAGCUGUAGAGGGCAGCAUGAAAGAGAAUGUCUCUAAGCUGUUCAAGUCCAAGAACUUGACAGAUGCCAUUGCCCGAGCAGCUGCAGACACAUUACAGGGCCCAAUGCAAGCUGCUUACCGUGAAGCCUUCCAGAGUGUGGUGCUGCCCGCCUUUGAGAAGAGCUGCCAGGCCAUGUUCCAGCAGAUCAAUGAUAGCUUCCGGCUGGGCACACAGGAAUACUUGCAGCAGCUGGAAAACCAUAUGAAGAGCCGGAAAGCGCGGGAACAGGAGGCUAGGGAGCCAGUGCUGGCCCAGCUGCGGGGCCUGGUGGGCACACUGCAAAGCACCACUGAGCAGAUGGCAGGCACCGUAUCUACCACUGUUCGGGCUGACCUGCAGCAUGAACUGCAUGUGGCUGUGGGCAGCCUGCAAGAGUCAAUUUUACCACAAUUACAGCGCAUCGUCAAGGGUGAGGUGAGCGUAGCGCUCAAGGAGCAGCAGGCCGCUGUCACCUCCAGCAUCAUGCAGGCCAUGCGCUCAGCUGCUGGUACACCUGUCCCCUCUGCGCACCUCGACUGCCAGGCCCAGCAAGCCCAUAUCCUGCAGCUGCUGCAGCAGGGCCACCUCAAUCAGGCCUUCCAGCAGGCGCUGACAGCUGCUGACCUGAACCUGGUGCUGUAUGUGUGUGAAACUGUGGACCCAGCCCAGGUUUUUGGGCAGCCGCCUUGCCCACUCUCCCAGCCUGUACUCCUUUCACUCAUUCAGCAGCUGGCAUCAGACCUUGGCACUCGAACUGACCUUAAGCUCAGCUACCUGGAAGAAGCUGUAAUGCACCUGGACCACAGUGACCCCAUCACUCGAGACCACAUGGGCUCCGUUAUGACCCAGGUGCGCCAGAAGCUAUUCCAGUUCCUGCAGGCUGAGCCACACAAUUCACUUGGCAAAGUGGCUCGGCGUCUCAGCCUCAUGUUGCAUGGACUGGUGACCCCCAGUCUUCCUUAGCAGCAAAGCCUGCCUUGUCCAGGAGCGGUUGGCACUGAAGACUGAUGCACAGGGCUCUGCCAGGACAGGUCAUGGCUGCCCUUUACCUGUUCAGGCCCCUAACUCUGCAGUGUUCAAGAGCAGAGGGGCCAGGGAUGACUGGCCAUGGACUACGGAUUGUGGUAGCCAGCAGGUUUAGGCUGGGCCCAGGGCAGGUAUUGUGCCUUCUUGGGUUCUGCCAUGCCUGGAGCAUGACGCUGAGAUUGUGACACCAUUUGAGUUGAAUUUUCCAUGUUCUUUUUACCUCUGAUUUGGAUCUUUUUGUUUUUGAAAAACAUUGAGAAAUUCAAUUAAAUGCUUUUGGAAUAAAA